AUGUUUGGUUUACUUCGACUCGAGAGGCGGACAAAGGAGUUAUGCAAGAGCUAUGGCAAUGACUGGGCUUUAGUCAUUUUUGUCCUUGUGGCAUUAAGCCUUAUCGAACAAAUCGAGCCAUUUCAUCGUCAGUUCUCUGUCAGAGACACCACUAUCCAGCAUCCUUUUGCCAAAAGAGAGACCGUUCCCGUCUGGCUUCUAUUGGUCCUGUCAUUCUUGUUGCCAAUGUCAGUUAUAGCAGUGAUUUCAAUAUUCUAUCGCAAGUCUUACACUGACUUGCAUAAUGGCUUCUUGGGACUCUUCCUUGCCCAGUCCUUGGUUCUCAUCGUCACAGACUGUGUCAAGAUUGCAGUUGGGCGGCCAAGGCCUGACUUUCUUGAUCGAUGUUUGUCAUUGUACGACAAUGCAAAGGCAGGCACACCCUUGGGAUUAUUAUCAGACCCCCCUAAUCUUCUCUCCAACUCAUCCAUCUGCACAAGGACUGAUCUGUUACGUGAUGGCUUCAAGUCAUUUCCUUCUGGACAUUCGUCGUUUUCAUUUGGUGGCCUUGGGUUUUUAUCAAUGUAUUUAGCGGGCAAGCUCCAUCUUUUUGACGAGCGAGGACAUACCUACAAGUCACUUGUGGUCCUAGCACCAUUAAUUCUGGCUUCUCUAAUUGCCACAUCCAGGUUAGGGGACUAUCGGCACCAUUGGGAGGAUGUGCUUACGGGUUCAUUCAUUGGCAGUGUCUUUGCAGUGUUUGCAUAUCGUCAAUACUAUCCAUCGUUAACAUCUGUCAAAUCGGAUUAUCCAUUCGCGCCAAGGAUCAAGGAGGAUUUCUUGUUGCCGGUAGCGAACUUACUAGGGCGGGACCAUGUUCAAGGAGCAGAGACAGAUCUACUAAAUCAACAGUACAUGGAUCAGAGCGACAAUGCCAACAAUCUGUUGCACGAUGGAGAUGAGGUAGCCGAGGAAGGAUCACUUCUUGGCGGAAGACCCGACGUGGGGUUCUCACAGUUCUUCCGGCGAGAUCCUGUAGAUGACGGACUGAUAACGGACAACAAUGGCAAUGGCAGCGGAGCAUAUACUCGUGGAGGGAAUAACAAGAGCAAUGGCAAUGGUCAAGAUGCUCAUCUUGUAAAUAUUUAA